AUGGCAGCUCAAGAAACCGCCGAGGCUGUGUCCAACAAGAGGCCAUUGUCGGAAUUGGCAGACGACACGCCCGGCGAGAAUGGCGAUGACUCUUCCUCCGACGAUGACUUUGGCCCAGCGCUACCGUCUGCAGCUGCGCCCAAGAAAAAACGACGCAAGCUCGCUUUCGAGAAAGUCUACGUGAACGCGCUACCCACGUCGCAACGGUAUUCCAAAUCGCUCAUGCACAGGGACCAGCUGUCGUACGUGAACAUUACGCCAUCGACCGACUUUCUUAUCACGAGCUCGGUUGAUGGCGUUGUCAAGUUCUGGAAGAAAAUAGCUGUUGGAGUGGAGUUUGUCAAGGAGUUCCGCGCGCAUGCCGGCGAGAUUACCAGCACAACUGUCAGCGCGGAUGGCAGGAGUUUUGCUACUGCAGGAACGGAUAAAACAGUGAAAAUAUUUGACGUUAUUACUUUUGAUCUUCUCGCGAUGUUCGAUCUUGAAUUCACGCCGAGAUGUGUCUGUUGGGUGCACAAACGUGGUGCAUCCCUGCCUCUGCUUGCAGUUACGGAUGAAGCCACGCCUACAAUAACCAUUUUUGACGGCCGAGGAGAGAACCGCCAGCCACUACAUACACUCACUUCAAUUCACAGAAAGCCAGUUGUUGCGCUGGUGUUCAACAAUCUAUUCGAUUGUGUUAUUUCAGCUGACGAAGCCGGUAUGAUUGAAUAUUGGAGACCAUCCGACGACUUUUCCAAGCCAGAUAACGUGUUCGAGCUGAAAUCAUCCACAAAUCUGUUUGAAUUUCGAAAGAAGAAAUCAGUGCCUUCGUCAAUAACAAUUUCGCCCUCCGGUAAACAAUUUGCUACCUUUUCAUUCCCUGAUCGACAAGUCCGGGUGUUUGACUUUCAAUCGGGAAAGCUGUCCAGGACAUAUGAUGAGUCAUUGACCACAAUCACCGAUAUGCAAGAAGCUGGGACGGCGCUGGAUCGACUAGAAGAAGUCGAGUUUGGACGACGAAUAGCCGUUGAGCGCGACAUUGAGAAUCCCGUGUCGCGUUCAAGAGUCAAUGUCAUUUUUGACGAGUCUGGUCAUUUUAUAUUAUACGGAUCCCUUCAUGGCAUCAAAUGCAUCAACACAUUCACCAACCGUGUGGUCCGAGUAUACGGCAAGGACGAACCUUUUCGCGCCUUGAAUCUGGCGAUGUACCAAGGCCAACCGCAAAAGAAAGGAGUCGUCACAGUCAGUAUGGCGGCUAGUUCCAACCCUCUACUCCAAGAAUCCGAAGAACGCGACCCCAUCCUCAUAUCCACUGGAUUCGGCAAAGUCCGAUUCUACAUGUUCACCAACGACACCGAAAUCAACAAAUCCACCCGCGACAUUCAAAACGAGAAACCCCACGAAGGCGACAUCACAUCAAAAGAAAGCACAACCAAAAAGACCGAAUCAGGAACAGCCGCAAUCCUGCACACAACAAUGGGCGACAUCCACCUCCGCUUAUUCCCUCAAAUCGCACCCCUCACCGUCGAAAACUUCGUCACUCACGCCCGCCAGGGAUACUACAACAACACAAUCUUCCACCGCGUAAUCCGCAAAUUCAUGAUCCAAGGUGGCGACCCUCUGGGUGACGGCACAGGCGGCGAAAGUAUCUGGGGCGGUGAAUUCAAAGAUGAGAUCUCACCAACCAUCAAACACGAUAAACCAUACACGCUGAGUAUGGCGAAUGCGGGACCCAAUUCGAACGGGUCACAGUUUUUUAUAACCACUGAAAAGACGCCGUGGUUGGAUGGGAAACAUACGAUUUUUGGCAGAGCAGUUGCCGGGUUAGAUGUUGUGCAUAGGAUUGAGAAUGUGAGGGUUAAGAAGGAGAAGCCGGAGGAAGAUGUGAAGAUCGUUAGUAUUAGUGUAUCUUAG